AUGUCAAUCUUACUUGAAUCUUUACAAUUGCAUAAUGCAAUGUAUAACAAUAGCUUCAUAACGCGUAAUGCAUUCAUGCUAGACGUUGCAAGACGCAAAAUGACAAAAGAUCAGAUCUUACAGGCUAUCAAUUCAAUAAAUAUUACGUGUUUCAGAUAUUUAAUGCUACACCUUUCAGAUGAUCAAUCAUAUUCACUUGGUUUUAUUACAGACACAUUAAAAAUUGGGAAGCAAACAAUUGGAAACGGUUGGCUGACUGACUCCGAUCUCGCAGAAAUAGUAAGUUUAGCCAAAUCAAAAUCACUUUAUCUCAUUCCUGAUAUUGAUGCUCCUUCACAUGUUGGAUCAUGGUACAAAAGCUAUCAAUCUUCUGGAGAAUCAACUGAUAUAUUUAGUGAUUCCAAUACUUUAGACAUAGAGAAAUUAGAUUCAUCUAGCGGAGUCUAUGAAAUUUACAAAAAAUGUAUGACCAUCUUCAAGGAUGUUUCAAACUAUAUUAAUAUUGGUGUUGAUGAAGUUCCUGGUAAUACUUAUUAUGCUAACCAACUUGCUUCUCACAUAAACAAAAUUAAUCAAAUUGCUAAAGAAAACAACUACAAAACUGUUGUUUGGAACGAUGCAUUGAAUGGCAAAUUGCUACAGCAACUAGACUCUGACAUUACAAUUAUGUAUUGGCAUGAUUCUGAUGUUAAUACAUUUGAGGCAUUAUUAAAUACAAAAAAUCCGAUCAAAAACGCUUACUAUGAUACUAACUAUGACAACGUUCAUGAUCUUGACGAACCUGAAUACCAGAAAGGAAAAAUUACAAAAUUUGUUAAUAAUUUAAUUAAUAAUAACAUUUUAUGCCUUUGGGGAGAAGAUUCAGAAGAUAUUACGCAUGAUCAGAUUAUUAAUUUUAUUAACGAUGUUCAAAAUGAAAUGAUAAAAAAUAAUAAAAUAAUUCCAAUAGAAAAAAGAGAAGAAAGCAAGUCAGAUGAUGGAAAUGGUACAUAUAAUGGAAAUAAAACUGAUGGUUCGCUAAUAACUCCAACAAUUUCACCUAUCCCAGAUGAUUCUUCAAAGAAAGGCCUUACAAAUCAGGAGAAAGGCAUGAUUGCUGGUAUAGUGAUCGCUGUUGUAGCAAUUGCAGCAAUAGUUGUCGGAAUUUUUUUAUUCCGCAAAAAAUGCCAACAAGAAGACUCAGCAGAAGAAAUUCAAAACAUUUAG